AAGAAAACUUCGAAUAUAUAAUCUAUGGAUUUUAUUCUGAGACUUGUUGCAUUCAUAUUCAUAAUUUAUGUGGUUCAAUCUAGAGAAUCCAUCAAAAAUAUAAAAAGUUUUAAGUUAAAUGAGAAAAUGAUAUAUGAUUGUGUGGAUAUAUAUAAACAACCUUCCUUACUUCAUCCAUUACUCCAAAAUCAUAAAAUUCAGAUGGAACCAUCUUUUUCGAUCUCUAAACCAAAAAAUAAUAUUAGAGGUGAAAGUAAAAGCAACAAAAUUAUCGAAUGUCCAAAUGGAACAGUUCCUAUACUGAGGAACACAAAAGAAUAUGCUGCGAAUGCUCAAUAUUGGGCAGAAAAACACUUUAAUCCACUCACUGCUGAAAGUCAUGGAACACAUUUCGCUGGAGUUAAUUCACAAGGUCAAGGUUACCGUGGUUUGGCAGCUUGGAUGAGCUUGCAUGAUUUGAAUAUUAGUAAAGAUCAAGUUUCUUAUACUAACAUAUAUGUAGGAAGCGGAACCAACAAUAAAAAGAACUCUAUCCAAACCGGUUGGAUGGUGAAUCCAAGUUUAUUUGGUGACGGACGUACAUGGAGUUACGGGUUUUGGAAGGGUGCCAAUGGAGCUGGUUGUUAUAAUACAGUAUGUCCUGGUUUUGUUCAAGUCUCAAAAACCGAUAUGUUAAGUAUGCCUUAUCCUUAUCCACGCAAAGGAGAAGUGGGUGUUUAUACUAGUAUUCAACAGGAUAAAGAAACAGGACAUUGGUGGACAACAGAUGUGAGAUACCUUAAACCAGAUGUAAAUGUUGGUUACUGGCCGAAAGAGCUAUUUGAUCUUAUAGAUAAAAGUGUGGACAUGGUUGGAGUUACAGGAGCAGUCCAAUCUUCUCCUUCUGGUAUAAGUCCUCCAAUGGGUAAUGGUCACCUACCAACGAAAAAUGAGGAUGAGUCUGCACGUGUUAAAAGCCUUGUAAUCAUAACUUCUGACUUUAAACUCAAAGGAAGUGACAAAUAUAAGUUAGAAAAAAUAUUAGACAGCGACAAAUGUUAUGGCUUAAGAGAUGGAAAGACCAAAUAUUUCCUCAAAGUAUCCAACUUGUUCACUUAUGGUGGACCGGGAGGAGAUUCUUGUGGAAUCUAAAACUAUUAAAAAAAAUAUGUGUUUGGUUAUUAAUUAUAGGGACC